AUGAAGAGGAAACGCAGAAGCAACGACGAGGACGACGACUAUAUUCGAAAGAAAAUAAGAAAAUUGGAGCGCAGACUUUGGCAGAAGUCACGCCGCCGCAUAAGAAUGGUCGACUCGUCGGAAAGUGAUAGCAGCGGCGAAAACGAGUCCGUUUCGGCGGAUAUUGAACCAUGUGCUUCACGUCGAGCCUCGACGGGUCAAAGGUCUGCUUCACCAGCACCGGGGACAUCGCACCAGGAGGAAACAGCUGCAGCGCAACCCAGCCGAGAUCCUAUACGUCCGACAUCUCCUCAACCUGGCCCGUCGUCUGCACCAGAUCAGUACGUACCUACCGAACCCGCACAGCCCGCGCAGGCCGCGGAGCCCACACCGUCCUCGCUCGAGGACAUAGAAUUGGACGAGGAUAUCCUCAAUUUACUGGGCGAGGCUCCAAAAUUGGAUACGCAGUUGGGAAAAGGUGUUCACAAGGACGUAGCUUGUAGAUGGCAGGAAGUAUUAAACAAGGGAUUACAAAAAGAAGUUAAAGACAAGUUAGCUGAAGAAUACCUAAUACCUGACAAUUGCACUUUGUUAGUCCCUCCUAUUUUAAACGCCGAAGCAAAAGCGGCGUUGCCUGAUGCCUUGAUAAAAAGAGACACCUCUUUAAUGCUUAGACAAAAACAGAUAGCGUUAGCGUUGUCGGCACUCUCACAGGCUACGGAUAUUUUAAUAAAACAGAAGUCUUCGUCGCCUGCCAUACUAAAACCUAUUAGCGACGCAUGUCGUAUUCUAUGCGACUCUCAUUUUACCGAGACGAAAAUGAGAAGAAACUUUGUGAUUUCCGCUAUAAACACUGAUUUGAAGGAUACUUUAAUUAAUACCGAAAGGGACAAAUUUUUAUUUGGCGAGAACGUAUCUGAGAAACUGAAAGCUGCGCAGACUGUACAAAAAUCAGGAGAUACAUUAAAAAAUACACAGAAGUCAUAUAAUCCAUUUAAUAAAGCAAAUUUCAUAAAGAAAAAUAGGUAUCAACAAAAUAAAGGAAAUUUAAACUACAACACCCCGUAUCGGAAGAUGACGAACUACAACAGCAAGUCGGAUGCGGGGCGGCCUCGUGCAGCAGCGCGGCCCGCGCCGGUGCCCUCCAACAGGUACAACACCCGCUACCGGGCCCGGGAGCGCCAGCGCGAACGCUCGCGCACACCUCCUCGGAGAUACCAGCGGAGACAAUAGACCAUGAGAACAACCCACAGUCUUCACAAGACUCUGUCACUAGUUGCCGCCAAAUUAUCAGGAAAGCACUAUUGAAGAGAUCAUUGACCCCUAGUUCUGUAGAAAUAAUGUUGUCUUCUUUAAGCGAUAGCACUUACAAACAAUAUAAUGGUUGUAUACAGUCAUGGCUUACCUUUUGCAAAAACAAUGGAUAUGAUUAUGAAAAUACGUCGGUAGAUGUUGUAAUUAAUUUUCUUGCUGAGAUAUUCGAUUCAGGUGCCAAGUAUGGCACUCUUAAUAAUUAUAGAUCUGCUUUGUCAUUGUUACUAGGAAAAACCCUUGAUGACGAAAAAAUCAAGCGUUUUAUGAAGGGUGUUUUUAGAUUGAGACCUACGGCACCAAAAUAUAAUUUGACAUGGGAUCCAAGCAUGGUGUUAAACUUUCUAGCUCAAAAAUGGCCUAAUGAAGGUCUAAAUCUAGAAACACUCUCUAAAAAGACACUCACUCUGUUGGCUUUAGCUACCGCACACCGUGUACAAACUUUUUCGUUGAUUCAAAUGCAAAAUAUUGAUAUGAGUUAUGCUUCUGAAAUAAUUAUUAAAAUACCUGAUAUAAUAAAGACGUCUCGACCAAAUACUUUACAACCGGUGUUAAGACUUCCAUUUUUUAAUGAAAAACCAGAAAUUUGUCCAGCUAGAUGUUUACAGACGUACAUAAAUAAAACUACUUCACUUCGCAGUUCAGAAAACAACACUUUAUUUAUUAGCUAUAAAAAACCACACUCAAAAGUAUCAUCACAAACAUUGAGUCACUGGAUUAAAGACACACUUCACAAAAGCGGUGUAGACACAAAAAUAUUCACUGCCCAUAGUACUAGGCAUUCGGCCACUUCUACAGCCAACAGAUUGGGUGUUAGCCUAGACGUUAUACGCAAAACUGCAGGUUGGAGUGAUUCUUCUUGCGUUUUUGCCAAGUUUUAUAAUAAAGAAAUUGUAGAUGAUUGCAAUCAGUUUGCUCGGGUAAUUCUCUCGAAGAACCUGUAAAGAAAAAA